AUGGCGGAGCGGGCGCCGGAGCCCGAGACGGAGACCGGGGCCGAGGGCGAGGGCGGCGGGGAGGCGGCGGCCGAGGAGGGCGCGGCGGGCCGCAAGGCCCGGGGCCGGCCGCGCCUCACCGAGUCGGACCGGGCGCGGCGGCGGCUGGAGUCCCGGAAGAAGUACGACGUGCGGCGCGUGUACCUGGGCGAGGCGCACGGGCCCUGGGUGGACCUGCGGCGCCGCAGCGGCUGGAGCGACGCCAAGCUCGCCGCCUACCUCAUCUCCCUGGAGCGGGGGCAGCGCAGCAGCCGCCACGGGAAGCCUUGGGAGCAAGUCCCCAAAAAGCCAAAGCGGAAGAAGAGAAGGAGGCGUAAUGUGAACUGCCUAAAGAACAUGGUGAUCUGGUAUGAGGAUCACAAGAACCGCUGUCCCUAUGAGCCUCACCUGGCUGAGCUCGACCCCACCUUUGGGCUUUAUACCACAGCGGUGUGGCAAUGUGAGGCUGGACACCGGUACUUCCAGGACCUCCAUUCACCUCUGAAGCCGCUCAGUGACUCGGAGAACGAGAGCGACAGAGUGGGGAAUGGCCUGGGGGCCGGAAGCUCAGACUCCUCAGGCUCCGAAUCUGACUCAGAUUCUGAUGAGCAACCAGAAAGCCGGCGGGCUCAGAACGUGCAGGCCUCCCCAGUGCCAGCCGCACCACCUCCUCCGGCCCCUGAGGGCGGCAGCAGUGGGCUCAUCACACAAGAUGGUAUCCACAUUCCCUUUGAACACCACAUGGACAACUUGACCGCAGAGCAGGGCACACCCCUGUGCCACAGCCCGACCACCAGUGGCCCUGAAAGCAUGGAGACUGUGGUGUGUGUGCCUGUGCCGGUCCAGGUGGGCACAGGCCACGGUGCCCUGUUUGACAGUGUGCCACAGGAAGCUUUGGGAGAGGUGGUGGCCAGCUGCCCUGUGCCAGGCAUGGUGCCAGGCUCGCAGGUGAUCAUUAUCGCAGGCCCUGGCUAUGACGCUCUGGCAGCAGAGGGCAUCCACUUGAAUGUGGCCAGUGGUGGCAGCAGUGGAGAAGAGGUGCCCUGUGCUGUGAUUGAGGGCGUGGCCGCCUACACCCAGACUGAGCCUGAAGGCAGCCAGCCUGAUCCCUCCGGCCCUGUGGAGAGCAUGGAGUGUAUAGAAACCAAAAAAGAGAAGGAAGAACUCUAUGUCCUCAAGAAGGAGGAGAAAGAGGAGCUGUCCUCCCCAGAACUGGAGGAGCUAGAGACAGUGCCUGAGAACAUGGAGCCUGAGCCUGAGCCCGAGCCUGAGGAGUUAGACAGCAAUAACAUGUCAGCCAUCAUUUAUGAGAUUCCCAAGGAGCCCGAGAAGAGGAGGCGAAGCAAGCGGGGCCGAGCGACAGAUGCCGACGGCCUGUUGGAGAUGUUCCAUUGCCCCUAUGAAGGCUGUAGUCAGGUCUAUGUAGCCCUCAGCAGCUUUCAGAAUCAUGUGAACCUUGUCCACCGGAAGGGGAAAACGAAAGUGUGUCCUCACCCAGGCUGUGGCAAGAAGUUCUACUUAUCCAAUCACCUUCGAAGGCACAUGAUCAUUCACUCAGGUGUCCGAGAAUUUACCUGUGAAACCUGUGGGAAAUCCUUCAAGCGAAAAAAUCACCUCGAGGUCCAUCGACGGACACAUACAGGAGAGACCCCUUUGCAGUGUGAGAUCUGUGGUUACCAGUGUCGACAGAGGGCAUCCUUGAAUUGGCACAUGAAGAAGCACACAGCCGAAGUGCAGUACAACUUCACCUGUGAGCGCUGUGGCAAGCGCUUUGAGAAGAUGGACAGCGUCAAGUUUCACAAGCUCAAGAGCCACCCUGACCACAGACCCACGUGAUCCUGGCUGCCCCAGCACAAGGACACUUCUAUUUAUUUGUCCCCGCUGAUCUCCUGGGCCCUUCUCCCUAAACCUGACCCCACUUCACAAAGGCUAUUCCUGGGGGGCUGAAGUGAGCCAGCCCCACUCUGGGGCUGCAAGCAGCAUAGGUGGACAUUGAGGGCGCCAGGGCAAGCCGUGAAGGAAGGAGAUGGCCUCCAGGAGUGGCCCUUUUGGCCCUGUUGGAUCAGGGUUCUGCCGGGUGGUAUAGCAGGUGUUGUAAGAAUCUGCGUGGAUGUCGUGGGGCAUUGGUCCACCUCCUUAAAGCUGGGGUCUCUCAGCUUGGUCACUGGGCAAGAGGGCUGGACACCUGGAACAGUGUUAAG